UAUCUUCGCUUCUGUUAAUUGCAGCGUAAUAAUAUAGCCUAAAACUUUCCUCAAUUAAUGCUCUAUUAAACGAAAUUUGAACCAGUAGUUCCUGAGAUAAGCGCGUUCAAACAAACAAACAAACUCUUUAGCUUUAUUUAUUAGUAAGUUAGAUAAAGCAGCCUUUCACAUUUAUUAUACACUCUUCAAUUUUGCACGUUCUUGGGGUUAAAAGUGUACCGAGACACUCGUGGAUAGUUUAGGGUUAAGGAUUUAAAUAGAAACAAGAUGUUUACACAGUUUGGUAGUGUUUAUUUGACGGCACUAUAAAAAGUGCAGAUUUCUCAGUUCCUCAGCAGAUUCAACUAAUAAUCAGUCAUAAAUAGCCAUCAGCAUACAGGAAAAUCCUUGUUUUCAGAACUGACCACGACUUCAUUAGCUAUGUCCGCUGCAGCUGCGACUCUGGGUACGAUUCAAACCGUGCAAACGGCGUUGACUGUAUUACAUACAUUGGCACUCACCGCCUGGCACUUCCCAUCAGACUGCCCUAUCAGCAAUGAUAGCUCGUACGACUUUAUUAUCAUUGGGGGUGGCACAGCGGGCUCGGUUCUAGCCAAUAGACUAUCAGCUAAUGAAAACAUUAAAGUUUUACUACUUGAAACAGGCGGAUAUGCUCCAUUGGAAUCAGAGUUACCAGGCCUGUUUCCACUACUACCCAACACAGUAUACGACUUCAAUUUCACAUCAGUGAAUGAUAAGUACACUGCGCAGAAUCUUCAGAAUGGUCAAAUCGAAUUGACACAAGGCAAAAUGUUAGGAGGUAGUGCAGCUAAUCACCACAUGAUACACGUGCAAGGAGACCCCCAUGACUACGACCAGUGGGCAAAGAUCUUGGACGAUGACACUUGGAGUUACAAAAACGUUCAACCUUAUUUAAAGAGACAAGAAAAUUUAACUGACCCAGGUCUGCUCGAUUCUAAGUAUUCACAACUUCAUGGUACUAAUGGCUUUUUAAAAGUAGCAAGAGAUGAGCAAUUGGCUAAUAUUAACUAUUUAGAAGCUUUCAAAGAACUUGGACAUAAAAUUGUCGAGGACGUAUCUUCAGAGACGUCAUCUCUUGGCUUUAAUGAGCCUUUACUUUAUGUAGCUGAUGGUAUUCGUCAGACCGGAGCAGUUGGCUAUCUUGGAGCAGCCCAGGCACGAAAGAACCUAUGUGUCGCAUUGUUUUCUACUGCUACAAAGAUACUGAUCAAAGAUGGUGUUGCGGUUGGGGUACAAGUUCUUACGUCUGACGGCAAAACUAGCAAGUUGUAUGCAAAGAAAGAAGUAAUUGUGUCUGCCGGCGCUAUCAAUAGCCCAAAGCUGCUGAUGUUGUCCGGCAUCGGGCCCAAGACACACCUUGAGUCAUUAGGUAUCAAAGUCGUAGCAGAUUUGCCUGUUGGACAAAACUUCAUGGACCAUCCAUCUGCUGUAGUCGUAUAUCAAAUGGAAGCCAACACUGAUCCUUUGCCUGCUGCAAAUCCUCAUGAUUUUCCAGUACCCAUUACAACUGGUUACGUAGCGCUCGACUCAAAACAACUUUAUCCAGACUAUCAAGUAAUCAACUUAGUAUUUCCCCACGACGCUACUGCCCUGUUGCAACUUUGUGCCAACGUUUUCAAAUAUACUAACGAAGUAUGUGACAAAUUCUUUGCUGCGACUAGUGGCAGAUCAACACUUUUUGUGGUGUACAAUCUGAUGACGCCCAAGUCUCGUGGUGAGAUAAAACUUGCGAGUGCAAAUCCUACCGAUCAACCACUUAUUUAUACUGGAACCUUCACGAACAAGGAUGAUUUGGACCUGAUGGCCAGAGGUUUGGAAAACUUCAAUAGGGUGCUUAAUACAACAUACUUUAAGAGCGUGGAUGCGUCACUCGUCGACGUGGGAAUUUGUUCUGGUUUAUCGGAUUUGAAAUUCUGGGAGUGUUAUGCAUUGGAAAUGUCUGCUACAAUGUGGCACUAUGCGGGAACUUGCUCUAUGGGUUCAGUACUAGAUACUCAACUGCGCGUUAAAGGAGUGGAGAAUCUAAGGGUUGUAGACUCAAGUGCGAUGCCGAUGCAGGUGAGCGGUAAUAUUAAUGCCGCAGUGGGUAUGAUCGCAGAAAGAGCGUCGGACUUCAUUCUUGACACCUGGAACAUAUCGCACUAAAUUACAAAUAAAUCGAUUGUAUUUAAAAUGCUUUUGUUGUAAUUGAUGCCAUUAAAUUGAUAAAGGUGA